AAGUUUUCCACGACAAAGCGAGCUAGUGGUUUAUCAAGGAAACAACUCUUCUGGUUGGAGACGUGGCUCUGCCCGCCUGCCAUAUUGACGCACUAGCAACAAACAAGUUAGCUAGCUAUCCAACUAUAUUUUAUUUCUGAAGGCUCUUUAGAUAUACUGGAACUCGACUGAGCAAACACCGUCGAAGAUUGAAGAUAGUUUUCCUAAAGAUAAACUAAAAAUGGUGAGCAUAGAGUCACAUGUCAAGGCUUUAUCAUCUUUUCCGCUUUAGCUUGAUCAUAACAACAAACAUUAGCUUGCUAUCAUUAGCUAGCCCCUUGGCACAAUGAAAUGAAAAACAAAUCAAACUUAACUUGCCAGACAACCACAAAGGUAGUCAGUGAACUUUAUUAGCGAAGUUAACUAUAUAAUGCUACUAUUACUCGCAGCUAUUUAAUGUAACGACGUUAGCUAGCUAGCUAAGUUAACUAGCUAGCACAAAUGUCAGCUAGUGCUUGGUGUCAGUUCAGUUAGCUAUCGCUAGCUGGCUAACUAGCUAAGUUUAGUUUACUAGCUAACUAGGUAGCUAGCUAGCUACAAUUUAACUAGCAAUCUAGAUAUAUCUUUGCAUUUCACAGGUUGUCUGCUACUGCUGGCUGUCUGCUAACUGCGCUAAGCUAUGUAGACUGGUAACGUUAAAUACUUGGCCUUGCUAGGCUAGUUAACUAGCUAGCUAGUUAUCAAGAUAUGGCAACCAAUGGAUCGUGGCUGAAUGACAUUGUCAUUGAUUUGCACUCGGUAAUCUAGUAAAUGAAGUCGUUUGGAUCAAUGCGAUAACAUGCCUUGCCUUGGUCCUGGUAUUCUGGGAUGAUAAGUGACUGAAGAGGACUUUCUUUUGUCACCUAUAGUAAAUUGUAGCCAGCAUAUUCUGACCCUACUUUUACACUUGUUUACACUGAAAACGUACCUCAAUGCAGGGAUGGGAUAUUCCACUGUACUCCAAAUUGUAUAAUUCCAUACUGAUACAUAGAGAAAAUUGAAAUACUGCUAUUUUUCCCGGAAAACUGCCCUUUCAUGCUCAUGCUAGCUAGGAGCCACAGCAGUGGCAUAUCCCAUCCCUGCAUUGAGGUACGUUUUCCGACCCAUAUCUCGCACCGGCUCCAUGGUGUCUUAAUGUAACCAUGAUUGCUUUCUGACUCCAGUGCAGCUCAGUGUAAACAUGCGUAAUGGUAGUGUUGUGAUCUGCUUUCUAAGUAAAUUGGCACAUAACUACCUUGCUUGGCUAACAGAUUUGUACCACUUAUGGUUACCCUGUCUAUCACUCUGUCAUCAUUAAUGGAGACAUCCCACUUAUGAAUGAAUGUUUGUGAUUCUCUCUGUCCUCCCUGCAGGUGCUUUUGGCCGCGGCGGUGUGCACCAAGGCAGGCAAAGCAAUCGUGUCACGGCAGUUUGUGGAGAUGACCCGGACGCGUGUCGAGGGCCUCCUGGCCGCCUUCCCCAAGCUCAUGGGCAUGGGCAAGCAGCACACGUUUGUGGAGACGGAGAGCGUGCGCUACGUCUACCAGCCCUUGGAGAAGCUCUACAUGGUGCUGAUCACCACCAAGAACAGUAACAUCCUGGAAGACCUGGAGACACUACGGCUGUUCUCACGCGUGGUAUGAUACGAUCCAAUACAUCUUUAUUUAUCCAUUACACAGAGACAAUGGAAAUAGUUCAUUUUGCGGUCAUAGGACACAGGACCCACACGACAGGCUGGGAGCAGCACAGGGGAUAACCCUAUGCUAUAACAGCCCACUGCUGCUUACGAGUUCAGAAUUCAUCCAUCUCACCAAUAACUUCAAAUGGGAUCAUAUCCCACUAUAAACUAUAAACGUAUUAUGACUGUUGGUUUGAUAUUGAAACAUUCAGUUGUGUUUUUCUCUUUUCAGAUCCCAGAGUACUGCCGUGUGCUGGAGGAAGGGGAGAUCUCAGACCACUGUUUCGACCUGAUAUUCGCCUUCGACGAGAUCGUGGCCCUGGGCUACAGGGAGAACGUCAACCUGGCCCAGAUCCGCACCUUCACCGAGAUGGACUCUCACGAGGAGAAGGUGUUCCGGGCAGUCAGAGAGGUGAGACACUUGUAGCUAAAGCGCCCAUAAUGUCCAGAGGAUGUGUGUGGCUUUAGCUUAUAGUAACCAUGAUUUGAACGUUCCUCCUCAUCUGCUCGGCCCCACAGACCCAGGAGCGAGAGGCCAAGGCAGAGAUGCGGCGAAAGGCCAAAGAGCUGCAGCAGGUCAGGCGAGACGCCGAGCGCUCGGGGAAGAAGGUCCCGGCCUUCGGCGGCUUCGGCAGCGCCGGGAUGAGCAGCAUGUCCUCAGGGUCUAUCAUCACAGACACCAUCAUCGAACCCGAGAAACCCAAGAUGGCUCCCGUCCCAGUCAGGUACGGAAAUUAUGGAAUUUAGGUGUUGAAUUUGAUUGUGUGUAUAAUUUUAUUAGACUGUGCUCCAAUGCACAUUGAUUGGCAGAUAUGGCCCAGAGUUUUUCCUGAUAACGUGACCAGGGUGGGAAAUUUACUUUUUGGUCCAACAGCCACUGUGGCAGGUAGAUGAGAAAAUCUACCAACCAUUCAGAUUCUUUACCAGCCAAAAUAUUUUUCUCGCCAUAAUUACACCAAAAAUCACAUGACGGAUGUGUAUGCUUUACUAGUAAGAAGUAAUGUGGUAAAUUGCUCCAUUCAAUAUCAUUUUUGUGACCUGUCUUUUAACCAAUGUAUGUUAAAAGCAAUCAAUUAGUUACAAUAGUAUAAAGUAAAACAGAUAAACAGUUCUACAACUGAACAUUAAGAAUCAAAAGUCCCUGCCCUGCCACACAAUGCUGAGUGAUACGAAUUAUUUAUUAUUAUUAGUUCAUGGCUCUAACGCUGACAUUUUUUACAAGGAGUACAUAAGUUGAUAUUUAUGAGAACAUAAAUAAUGUAAUUGUACUCCUCAAUUUAUGUGAGCGUUUUAAUAAGACAUUACUAAAAGUUUAUGAAAAUAUUUUUGGAGUGUUCCAUGCUCAAACACAAUGUAACCUGAAAUAUUUGAGUCAUUAGGUGAGACAAAUGUUCAGCUGCCCCUUUAAGGGGUGGGCCAUUACUGUGGCAACGGCACUCAGUGUUUGUCAGAGAUGAUUGAGAAUCUCUGCAUCUGCACUAGCAACAGACAGUUGCAGCAAACUCAAACUAAUAUUGAAAAACAACCUAGCGUGUGAACAAAACAUUGUCUAACUAGACAACAAACAUGAGGAGAAAGUCACACUUUAGUAGCCUUUCGUCAAUUCGACCAACUUCUACAUUUGGGCUUUGGAUUGAGAAAGAAAACGGUUCCAAAUGCUUUAUGUGACCAUCCACCAACGUGGCUGGUGAAAGACGUUCUUUCCCGCCAAUGCCUAAAAUUCUACCCGCAUUUGGCGGGUGUUACAUUUCCCACCCUGAACGUAACCGGACCAGGAAAAACUCUGGGCCACAGAUACAGAGGCUGGUACUGAUGAUUGUGUUUCUCCCACAGGCCGACCGGAUCCAGCAAAGCCCUCAAGCUGGGCGCCAGGGGGAAAGAGGUGGACAACUUUGUGGACAAGCUCAGGGGGGAGGGGGAAACCAUCAUGUCCAACACAGGGAAAAGGCCUUUGCUUGCAUCCAAUGUCCUACCACCACCAGUUAAUGUGGAGAGGUACAUUGUUCCUGUUCUUGAAAUGUUCAUUUUUGAAAGUAAGCCAAGGUUGUGCAUCUGUCUUUAUCUUGCAUUCAAUGUCUGUGCAUGUGCUUUACUAUUGACAUAAUUCCCAUGUGUGAUGAUAACCUCAAUCUUAACCUUGAUGACACCUGUGUAUGUUUUCCUUAGUGUCCACAUGAGAGUUGAGGAGAAGAUCAGCCUGACCUGUGGACGUGACGGAGGUCUACAGAACAUGGAGCUUCUGGGCAUGAUCACCCUGAGAGUGACCGACGACAAGGUCGGCCGCAUCCGCCUAAUGGUCAACAACUACGACAAGAAGGGAGUACAACUGCAGGUGAGUUGUUCAGAUCCAGACUGACCCAUGACCUUUUUUAAAGACUCCUGGGUGAUGUUCAGUAGGGCACAACGUUGCGAGAAAUCCUGUGUUCUUAUUUGACUAGUUACCCCAGCACCAUUUCACAAUGUUUCUCCCCGUGUGCUCCAACUGAACACGGCCCAAUGUAUUAAAAGAUUUCUGUAACAAUUCCAAAUCAAAUCAAAUUUUAUUGGCCACAUGCGCCGAAUACAACAGGUGCAGACAUUACAGUGAAAUGCUUACUUACAGCCCUUAACCAACAGUGCAUUUAUUUUAAACAAAAAAGUACAAAUAAAACAACAACAAAAAAUGUGUUGAGAAAAAAAGAGCAGAAGUAAAAUAAAAUAACAGUAGGGAGGCUAUAUAUACAGGGGGGUACCGGUGCAGAGUCAAUGUGCGGGGGCACCGGCUAGUUGAGGUAGUUGAAGUAAUUCAUCCCAUAUCAGAGAGAUAACGUAUGUCCACUGUGUUGGAAUUGAUUGUAUCUUCCCUGGUAUUUAGACGCAUCCCAACGUGGAUAAGAAGCUCUUCACUUCAGACUCUGUGAUUGGUCUGAAGAACCCCGAGAAGUCUUUCCCCCUCAACAACGAUGUGGGGGUGCUGAAGUGGAGACUCCAAAGCACAGACGAGGCUCUCAUACCUCUAACCAGUGAGUCUCAUUCCAAUGCCUUUCUCAACCUGUCAUCUUGCCGGCACCAUCUGUGAUCUGCAAUUAUUAUUUAGUGUUAACUAUAGUACAUUUUAAAAUGUAAUUGCACCUUGUUUUGUCUGUAGUAAACUGCUGGCCUUCAGAGAGUGCUACUGGCUGCGACGUGAACAUUGAAUAUGAACUGCAGGAGGAGAGCCUUGAACUCAACGAUGUAGUUAUUGCUAUCCCUAUACCGUGAGUACAUGGGUGAUCAAAUGUUAAUAUAAUUUUAUUGUAAUGUGUUGAGAUUGUAUAACAACCUUGCUGGGUUCUCUAUUGGCUGGUUUCCCAGAAACAGAUUUAAGCUUAGCCCUGGACUAAGAAGCAUGUGCAAUGGAGUUCCUCCAUUGAGGUGGUUUUUAGUCUAAGACUAUGCUUCAUUUGUGUCCGGUAAACCAGCCCAAAGUUGAUGGUUGCGUUGUUUACAGUAUAUGGGUGUAUUUCCUGGUGCAGGUCUGGAGUUGGGGCACCUGUGGUAGGAGAUGUGGACGGAGAGUAUAAGCACGACAGCAGACGGAACGUUCUAGAGUGGAGCCUACCUGUCAUAGAUGCCAAAAACAAAAGUGGCAGCCUGGAGUUCAGUGUCGCCGGGCAACCCAACGACUUCUUCCCCGUCAACGUGUCCUUCGUAUCCAUACGCAAUUAUUGCGACAUACAGGCAAGUUUCAGCUUUUUACAUUGAAGCUUACUAACUAUGGACAUUUAGGCCUACAGUCAAAUGAUGGAACACAAUGCUCUUGCUGACAUUGCUAUCCCUGCAUUUCACUCAUCACAUUGCGUUUUUCUCCUAUUCCCUCAGGUUGCCAAAGUGACUCACGUAGAAGGAGACGCACCAGUAAAAUUCUCUUUAGAAACUUCGUUCCUCGUCGACAAAUACGAGAUCCUGUAA